CUUUUAAGAAUAUUAUGAUAUACUUACUAAUAUUUUUGAAAAUGCUUUAAUUUAAUCUAGUUUAGGGGUAAAAAGUGAAAAGUAAAAAAGAAAUAAAGAUACGUUAUCCGCAAAUAGUACCUGGAAAUAACAGAAAAUAAAAACACAGGUAAGUACUUUGCCUGAGCUAGUAUAUGAACAAUAAAGAGAUAUACACACACAAAAAGAGAGCAGAAACAAAACACACACACUUAAAGCUUUCGUCUUUACCUCUUCACUUCUCUCUCUCUCUCUCUCUAAAAAGAGUUCCGAGAACAAGAAAUCUCAGUGAUCAUCAUCAAUCAAUGGCGACUUCUCUCUUCUUCAUGGCAACAGAUCAAAACUCCGUUGGAAACCCAAAUGAUCUUCUGAGAAACACCCGUCUUGUCGUCAACAGCUCCGGCGAGAUCCGGACAGAGACACAUAAGAGUCGUGGUCGGAAACCAGGAUCGAAGACAGGUCAGCAAAAGCAGAAGAAACCGACGCUGAGAGGAAUGGGUGUAGCAAAGCUCGAGCGUCAAAGAAUCGAAGAAGAAAAGAAGCAAAUCGCCGCCACAGUCGGAGAGACGUCAGCAGCUUCGAUCUCUAACAACGCUACCCGUUUACCCGUACCCGUAGACCCGGGUGUUGUGCUACAAGGCUUCCCAAGCCCACUCGGAGGAUGCAGAAGCAACAGGAUCUAUUGUGGUGGAGUCGGGUCGGGUCAGAUGAUGAUCGACCCUGUUUGUUCUCCAUGGGGUUUUGUUGAGAGCUCCUCCACUCAUGAGCUCUCUUCAAUCUCAAAUCCUCAAAUGUAUAACGCUUCUUCCAAUAAUCGCUGUGACACUUGCUUCAAGAAGAAACGUUUGGAUGGUGAUCAGAAUAAUGUAGUUCGAUCCAACGGUGGUGGGUUUUCGAAAUACACAAUGAUUCCUCCUCCGAUGAACGGCUACGAUCAAUAUCUUCUUCAACCAGAUCAUCAUCAGAGGAGCCAAGGUUUCCUUUAUGAUCAUAGAAUCGCUAGAUCAGCUUCAGUUUCUGCUUCUAGUACUACUAUUAAUCCUUAUUUUAAUGAGGCGACAAAUCAUACGGGAUCAAUGGAGGAAUUUGGGAGCUACAUGGAAGGAAACCCUAGAAAUGGAUCAGGAGGUGUGAAGGAGUACGAGUUUUUUCCGGGAAAAUAUGGUGAAAGAGUUUCAGUGGUGGCUACAUCGUCAUCAGUCAUAGGUGAUUGCAGUCCUAAUACCAUUGAUUUGUCCUUGAAGCUUUAAAUGUUUUUAAAACUUUUGAAACAUAUCUCGGAGAUUUUUCGCCUCUUAUCUUUCUAUAUUUAUUUUAAACAAAUCGUCUUUUUUUUUUUUUUAGAAACAAUUAAGUAGAUGAAAGUAAGAAACAGAAGAAAAAAAAGACCCUUUUUUGGUGUAUGCAUCUGAGAGCUGGAUCAAAAGAAAGAUUCAGCUUUUGGAUUACCCUUUUGGUUGUUUAUUAUGAGAUUCUAACCUAAACACUCA